AUGCUAAAUUCGCUCACUGAAGCUGAUGUAUGUGAUAGAGGAUAUUGCACUAGAAUUGUUUCGGAGCUUUGGACAUUAGAACAAGGUGCCUGUGGCGACAGAGAGUAUCUUUUUCUAUGCAGGCUGCUCCUUGAGCCAUCGUGCAUUACACAGGUGGAUUCAUCAGGUGAUUCAACUACGCAAUUGUGUGGUUUGACACAGGAUCCGUUUUGUAGAGAGUUAGCCUCUAAAGCUUUGUCACUGUUGCUGCGGCACGGCUAUUUAAGGAGUUUUUUGCGAACUUUGCGAGGCGUCCCCACUCCACAUAGAUGCGAACUGCUAGCGUUGUUGUGUUCCUUCCCAUGCAUUCAGGAGCAUGUGGUCACGCCCAUGGUCAUGGAGAUGUGGGCUAUAGACCGGGCCAUGACCCUUAGAGCGAUAAUUCAGUUGGGCUAUAACGCUCGGCGGCACGCCACCAAGCCGAUCCUUGAUCUUCUUGACCCGAGCACUUCUUACAAUCACACUAUCACUUAUGCACAACAAGACCUCGUGGCCACCGCCCUCAUCAAACUCUUUGCGUUCCGCCAUCUAUGCUCUGUCAUCAAAGACGAGCGAGGUGAAGUAGCUGAUAGGAGUUUCAGAGUAGCGUGUCUGCAGGCACUAGCUCGUGAUAUAAAGAUAAAUGCCUCUAGCUGCGAUGUUUGCGCGACUAGCGAGUUUCCAUGCUCAAUCGAGUGUCCCUACAACUGCAAGAUUACAAUCUCUGACACAUCCGGGUGUACGUAUACCAUCACUGAUGACACAAUUGUUCUUUGCUACGAAGAGCUGUGUCUUUAUCUCGAACUUCUCCAUGAAAAGCUGGCCAUAUGUGAGAAUGCUGUCUGGAGGAGCUUAGAAGGUCCAUCUUCCCACAAGGCACAUCUGACAACAUCACCCUCAGAAAGCCGUCGUGCAUCCUCUCGCACUUCGAGAGCAAACUCUCUUCAUCUAGGAGAUCUCGACAUUACUAAGCAUACUACGAACGUGUCUGCGAGUCAAUCCAUGAAUGAUGAGCAGCUAGAUCGGUCUGAAAAGCGUUUGACCUCCUCUUUCUGUCAACUGAGAACGCUGUCCGAUAAAACGUACUUGUUGUUACUUACCUCUUUGAAGUCAUCUAUGCAAUCAUCUAACGAAGGAGUCGUGUCAUCUGCCAUCUCUGCCAUGACAAGCAUCCUUUGUUCUCUAGCAGACUCCUCAUCAACGAGUACAAGUAGUGCACGCGUGUAUAAGCGGCUACAGUCUAUACAUGCUAUCCAGUUUAUAGAAUGUGUACUGGAUGCAAUCUUCCACCCAUCUGAUUCUGUGAAGGAAGUUGCUGUUAUCAGCCUGGGAUUACUUCUUGUUAGAUACUUACAAUACGUUCACAAAACAGUGGCCAUGGGCCUUUUUUAUUCUAUUCUAAAUCUUUCUACUACUAACCAACACCCAAAGGUGCGAAAUUUUUGUCUUUUGACGAUAAAGUAUGUGUACUCCAAUGUUAGUAUAAGCCCGCAAGACCUGCUACUCAAGCAGGAAGAUGUCCAGCAUUUCAUAACCUUGUUCUCCUCUGCCUCGUCAUCAAAACUUUUGGUUGCAGAGUGCAUUUGUCUCACGAAUCGGGAGGGUCGCCAAUUUCUUAUGCAAACUGCUCGGCAAGAUAUCAACGCUAGAAACAGAGUGCUUUGCAUCAAUGCAUUGAAGUGCUUUGCCAUUGCCGCCGUGGAGGAGGACGAGCUGAUAGACUUGAAGCACUGCUUGGCCAGUCUCCUGGCUGACUCCAGCGCCCUUGUGCAGGCUAGCGCCCUCGAUCUCUACGGACACCUAUACUUUCUUGUGACCAGCGAACCUUCUGAAGAGCUUAGUCAGGCAGGUGCGCGCGCUUCGACAUCAAUACUAUCAGAUCUAUCUUCCAUUGACAAGCAGCAUCUUAUGAGGUUUACAGCCACCCCUAUUAUUACCACUAAAUCCUUCUCUACUACCAUUAGUGAGAAACUGAGGGAUGUGCACUUUUACCUUAAUGCCGAUCUCCUUGGUUCUCUUCUCAAGGUACUGCAGGAUUACGUCAGUCCCAAUAUAGUUUGCGCACUUCUGGUAGAUGGCAUAUUGCUUCAUAAGAAACGGGAAAAGGUACUGCUCCCUCUUUUAGACCUAUUCUCUGUCUAUCAACCGGAUAAUAUUCGGGGUUACAUCACUCUCUAUCAUGACACAGUAGAGGUCCAAAUAUACAAGUUAUUCGACAAGAGGUUCCCGUACGAUUCAUCGGAAGUGAUAGAGUAUGCCGUUGGCUUGAUUGCGAAGGACAGUAAUUUGAUUUCGAUGGUAAUGACUCUAUCAAAAAGACGCACCGGUUCGCAAAUCUUCGCAGAUUGGUGUCGUAGAAUACUUCAACUAAUGGAAGAAGUUAUCUAG